UUCACAUUUACAAAAAAAAAAAAAGAAAAAAGAAAAGUUAACAUGCUACAUCUCGUCUCAAUUAAUAUUUGAGUAAUAUUUUUAUUUUUUAAAAUGCAGACAUAUAUGCGAAUAGAAAACUUUUUUUUUUGAACAAAUACAAAUAGAAAACAUAGAAUUUUUUUUUGAAUCAAUACAAAUAAAAAUGCUUUUCAGUCUCUCACUCUCAGCAAAACGGUGCAAGGAUGCGUUGAGCAAUCAGAAACAGUGCAGUGGUGGGGCCAGGCAGCUGCAGACUAUGACCCGAUAUUCAGAUUCGGGCAAGGUAGCUGGAUCCGUAAACGGGUCGACCCACUUCACCAACCAACGAUGCUACCAACAACCCAUCCCCAACCACCCAAAUCUUCCGCCUCUAUUUGGUAUUUACACACACCACACGCACUACUAUUCUUGCUUUGCAUUGUUAUCAUUUUUGUUAUAGGAUACAAAAAAGGCACACAUUCGUGUCUCGCCAACUUCUGUUUGGCUCAGAUUUGAGAGAGAAACUGCUGCUCUCAAUCUCCCUUCUCCGCUGCGCCGCCGUCGACUGCUGCUGCUGCUGCUGUGCUCUUCCCUAAAAUUCGCGAUGACUGUGGAAUCUAGUGUGAGACACAUGGAGGUUGGUUUGGGGAUGGGAAAAAAUCCGACUUUGAUUUGUGCCCCUAUAAUGGCUGACACGGUGAAUCAAAUGGUGGAGCUGAUGCACAAGGCUAAGUUUAAGGGAGCUGAUAUUGUGGAGGUUAGGUUGGAUCACAUGAAGAGCCUCGACCCACGUCCCGAUAUCGAGAUGUUGAUCAGAGAGUGCCCUCUGCCCACUCUCUUUACUUACAGACCUAUAUGGGAGGGUGGAGAGUACAAUGGCGAUGAAAUCUCUCGUUUCGAUGCACUUCAACUUGCCAUGGAGUUGGGAGCUGAUCACAUUGAUAUUGAGCUCAAGGCUGCACACGAGUUUAUGAAUCAUAUACGAGGGAAUAAACCUGAAAAGUGUAAACUUAUAGUUUCCUCUCACAAUUAUGAGUACACUCCUUCGGCUGAGGAGCUGGGGAACCUCGUGGCCAGAAUACAAGCAGCCGGAGCCGACAUAGUUAAAUUUGCUACAACGGCAAAUGAUAUCACGGAUGUAGCACGAGUGCUUCAGAUAACAGUUCAUUCUCAAUUUGUUAAUCGUCAGGUACCAAUCAUUGCCAUGGUUAUGGGGGAGAGAGGAAUCAUGUCAAGGCUACUCUGUCCUAAAUUUGGUGCAUACCUCACAUUUGGCACUCUGGAAGAAGGGAAGGUGUCUGCCCCCGGACAACCAACAAUUGAUGAGUUGAUUAGCUUAUACAAUUUUAGGUCUAUCAACACUGACACUAAGGUGUUCGGGAUCAUCGGGAAGCCAGUCAGUCAUAGCAAAUCACCCAAACUGUAUAAUAGAGCAUUCAAAGAAGCUGGGGUCAAUGGAGUCUUCGUGCAUUUGUUAGUGGACGACGUUAAAAAGUUCUUCGAGACCUAUUCCUCCCCUGAUUUUUUUGGUUUCAGCUGUACCAUUCCUCAUAAAGAAGUAGCACUUGCCUGUUGUGAUGAAGUUGAUCCCGUUGCAAAGUCGAUAGGGGCGGUCAAUUGCCUCAUCAGACGACCAAAUGGGAAGUUGUUUGGCUGUAACACAGACUACAUUGGUGCAAUAUCUUCGAUUGAGAUCGGUCUACAAGAUGGUGCCUCUCAAAUCGGGUCGCCCUUGGCUGGUAAACUGUUUGUAGUUAUUGGCGCUGGUGGAGCAGGCAAGGCGCUUGCCUAUGGAGCCAAAGAAAAGGGGGCGAGGGUAGUGAUUGCUAAUCGGAGCUAUGAUCGAGCUAGAGAUCUCGCUGAACUCGUUGGGGGGCAGGCUUUGACUCUGGCUGAGCUAAACAGCUUCCAUCCAGAGACUGGAAUGAUACUCGCAAACACAACGUCAAUCGGGAUGCAACCAAACGUUGAAGAGACUCCCAUUUCCAAGGAGGCUUUGAGAUACUACGAGCUCGUGUUCGACGCUAUCUACACUCCCAAAAUCACGCGACUCCUGCGUGAAGCUCAAGAAGCGGGCUCCAAGAUCGUGACGGGAGUCGAGAUGUUCAUUGGUCAGGCGUACGAACAAUACGAGAGGUUCACAGGACUCCCAGCCCCGAAGCAACUGUUUCGAGAUAUCAUGGCAGACUACUGACGGAUGCGCUUUCACCCGCCUCCAUCACGCCCGUUAAUCAAUCACCUUCUCCUCCUCGUCCUCGUCCUUCCGGUAACGGGAUCAAAAACUAUUCUUGUAUCGAUGUUUUUAGCCUCCAAGAGAUGGAAUUUGUGGAUUCGAUCGUAGGUUUAUGUUGUUGAAACUCAGAAUUUUGUAAUAAGAGAACCUAGUUAUUGUAUAAUUCUUCUUCUUCGGCUGGUGUAAUAUGAUACCAGAUUUUUCUCCA